GGCUGGUUCGUUCAUUUAGUUUCUUUGCAUAGCAAGAACGUUGAGAGCUUUCUCAAGUUUGGGUUAGGUGGGAAAGCAUGGCCACAUCUGGGGAGAAGAAUGAAGUUGCUUCCUUGGAGCUCCCUGCUCCUCCUGGCUGGAAAAAAACGUUUAUCCCCAAAGCAGGAGGGAGUGCAAAGAAAAAUGAGAUCAUAUUUACUUCUCCAACUGGGGAAGAGUUCACUAGCAAAAAGCAGUUGGAGCAGUAUCUGAAAUCCAACGCUGGUGGCCCUCCGAUAUCCGAGUUUGACUGGGGAACUGGUGAAACCCCUAGGAGAUCAGCAAGGAUCAGUGAGAAGGCGAAGACUGCUCCACCCCCUCCUGAAAGCGAGCCUCCUAAAAAACGAGGCAGAAAAUCGUCAACUCCAAAGAAAGAUGCCCAAGAGAAAGAAGGAAAACCCGAGGAUUCUGCAGCUGUGGAUCCUGACAAUGAUGCCAAGGAGAAGGAAGAUGAGACUGAGGAAUCCAAGAACGAUGGCACGAAGGAGAAUGAAGAUGAAACCCGAAUUGCUGAUGAUGGAAAAGCAGAAGAAGAUGCUCCUUCUGAACAGGAACAGCAGACCAAUGCCGGGGAAGAUGUCAAAAUGGUAGAGAAUGCUGAAGAUGAGGAGAAGAAUGCUGGAGCUGAUGGUUCCGAUGUAAUGCAGAAGGAUGAUGAAGGUAAGCAGGCAACAGCAGAGAAGCAGGACGAAGCGGGAGGGGAGAAGGACGACAAAGAGGGUAGCACUGAUGAUGCAAAGCCAAAUGAAGCAGGAGCCGAGAAACAUGAACAGAAGGAUUGUACGAUAGAGGAGCAGAAAGAUUCAGUUAACAACGAGGUGAACAAAGUAGAGGGGGAAGUGGAAGUGACAGUGAAUGGCGGGAAAGCUGAGGAGCCAAGCUCUUGAGUUGCGAGAAGAGAUGGAGUUAAUAAUUGAGUUGCUUCUCGAUCUAAUCCUGUUUUAACACCUCGAUCAGUCUUGUGGCUUAUUUUGACAAUUGUUAAUGAUAGAUACUCUGACUGUUGAUGGGACAUCCAUAUGUUGUAAAAUUGUAGAGUAGGUCUCCUGUGUUACGUUGCUGUGAAAGGAUUUGUAGCAUGCAGAGUCCACAGAGAGUCUUUACUAUAACACCUCUUAGCCCAGACUUAUGUUGCUCUAAGGACAGCUUUAGGUUGCAAAUACCUUUUGUUGCAUGUUCAUGUUCAUGUUGUUGUUAACACAACUCAUUCUGCUGUAAUACUGUAAUAAGCAAUGUCGAGUCCUUCAUGCUUCCUAUAUCA